CCACCACGCGCGUCGCCAUCCGCCUGCCAUAAAGUCGCCACGGCCGGCCAGUACCGUGCCACAGCGAGUGAGGCGGCCAGGCGCGCGGGAACAGCGGCCGCGCGCAUCGAAGCCGCUGCCGCGGAGCGGUGGUGGGCGCGGGCUGGCGCCAGGGGCGUGGGAGACGGGAGAGCUGCGCCUGCGCGGGGACAAGUGGACAACACAUUAAUGCGACUGCCGCCUCCGCCAGCCUCACCUAUCUAUCCGGCGUCCGCCUCAAUCCCUCAGAGGUAGCAGCGCAUUUGCUUGCCGCGCGGGUAGCCGGGUAGGCCGAGGGUGGUGCUGGGGGAGACCGGGAGAUAUGGGGAUUGAUCUGAACACUGUGGAGGACGACGAGGCGGCUCCGCCGGCCGCUGUGUCUGGGGCGGUAUGCGGGGAGCUGUGGCACGCGUGCGCGGGGGCAGGGGUGGCGCUGCCGCGGCGGAGCAGCGCCGUGGUGUACCUGCCGCAGGCACACCUCGCGGCAGGCGGCGGGGAAGUGCCGGCCGGGGCGGCGCCGCGCGUGCCGCCUCACGUGGUGUGCCGCGUAGUCGACGUCGAGCUUUGCGCGGAUGCGGCGACGGACGAGGUGUACGCGCGGCUCGCGCUGGUGGCGGAGGGCAAGAUGUUUGGGAAAAACUUCCAUGAGGGUGAAACUGAAGAGAGGGGCGGUGGGAUGGAGGAUGCUGAUGGAGAAAAGAAGCCACGGACGCCGCACAUGUUCUGCAAGACACUCACAGCCUCUGAUACAAGCACACAUGGAGGAUUCUCUGUUCCUAGGCGAGCUGCGGAGGACUGCUUUCCAUCUUUGGACUAUGAGCAGUUCAGGCCUUCUCAAGAGCUCAUUGCGAAGGACUUACAUGGCAUGAAAUGGAGGUUCCGGCAUAUUUAUAGAGGUCAACCACGUAGGCAUCUUCUGACAACCGGAUGGAGUUCAUUUAUCAAUAAGAAGAAACUCAUCUCAGGGGAUGCGGUCUUGUUUCUUCGAGGUAAUGAUGGUGAGCUAAGAUUGGGUGUGAGGAGAGCAGUUCAACUUAGAAAUGAAGCUCUUCUUGAAGCUGUCAGCAGUACUGAUUCAAGGCUACACACACUGUCGGCUGUGGCCAGCUCCUUGGACAAGAGCAGUAUAUUUCAUAUCUGUUUCAACCCAAGGAUUGGUGCAUCAGAAUUUAUUGUGCCAUAUUGCAAAUUCUUGAAGAGCUUGAACUAUCCUUUUUCCAUUGGAAUGAGGUUUAAAGUUUGUUGCGAGAAUGAAGAUGCUCGUGAGAGGUCUUCUGGAUUGAUCUCAGGUAUUAAUGAAAUUGAUCUCAUACGAUGGCCUGGAUCAAAAUGGAGAUGUCUCAUGGUAAAAUGGGAUGGUGAUACUAACUGCAACCACCAAAAUAGAGUAUCUCCGUGGGAGAUUGAGAGAGUUGGGGCCACAAUUUCAGUUGCUCAUUGUCUUUCAUCAUCUAUUUCAAAGCGAACAAAAUUGUGCUUUCCUCAAGGCGAUUUGGACGCUCCAAUGCUCGAUGGAAAUGGUCGUCCGGACUCCAUGCAAACUGAAAGUUUUCGCAGGGUCUUGCAAGGUCAAGAAUUGAUGCACUCUAGGACUCAUGGAGUUGCAUGCUCUCAUUCAUCAGAUGUCACCAAAUUUCAAGCCUCUUAUGGUAGGAGAUUAUCUGCUGAUGUGCGGAAUUGCAAGUUGAAUGAUGCAACAAGUGGGCUCCGACACUGGAACGCCACCGAGUUUGCUUACAAGCCCCUAGGCUUCGGCGAAUCUGUCAGAUUCUCAGAGGUCUUGCAAGGUCAAGAAAUGUCUCAAGUGGUUCCUUCGUUCCAGGGAGUUGAUUUUGACGCUCGCAUACAGAAUGGUAGAGUUGGUUCAUUUGAUUAUGUGCAUAGAUCAGCUGCAACUCAAGGUUAUUCUCUUCCACGGCUUACUCCGUCAGCAGCAGAAGUGUGUUCUCCCUCUUCUGUUCUUAUGUUAAACCAAACAAUGAUUCCACAUCUUGAAUUUGAAGGCACGGCCAACCACAAAGAGACGUAUGGCAGCCGAUGCGCUCCCCUGGAGAUGCAGAGGGAAACUGAAACCUGGCCGUAUGUGCAGCAUCAAAUGCCAAGUGGAAUUGGAAGCCGGCGAUUCGACACAACGGAAGCCUCAGCUCAUCCAAGUGUUGCUAAAUCUGGAUCAGCCGACAGGGAGGUCGGGAGAAGCAGUUGCAAGCUUUUUGGUUUCUCCUUGACUGAGAAGAUGCUGGGAGCAGAGGAAGAUGGUAUGAAGGAAGGGAGCUACGAAGCGGAUCAACAGACUCCCCGGGUACUAGACUUAUUUGGGCACGGUCAAUCUGCACCUAGUGCUCUACGUGCUCUCUGCGCUGGUCCCUUAGGAAUGUGAUGUUGCUUCAGUAUUAGUGGCUAGCUUUAUGUAACCUUCUAGUAUUAGUUGCACAAAACCACACCGUAUCCCACGUAGGCUACUAGCUCCGCAUGUUUAUUUUGGCAUAUCUGUAGUAUGAAUUUAUGCUGAUGCUGCAUAUUGCCUCAGAUUUGUGCCUUCCUAUUUCUUGUAACUGGUAAGCAUGCUUUGACUCUCAGACUCUGGCAAGUGUACGUCUGGAAAGCUCCUCAACCGUUGGUUUUGAUC